UACAAUAAAGCUGUUCCGCGGAUUCGUCAAGUUGUAUAUGAAAGAGCCUGCAGAAAACGAAGCGAAUUUUGAGAAGCGCAUAUAUUUUCGAUAAAAUUUUCCGUAUUUCCUACAAAAUCGCGAUCGUAUUCCGCCGAAAUAAUCGUGUACGCGCGUCUCCUGGUGAACAGAUCGGACCACGGAGGGUCCAAGUCUCGUUUCUCCCGCUGGAUGCUGGAAGUGUUUUCCUGCGAGUCAGAAUUUUUGUGUGCUGUCGGAGGGCAUUCUGUGUGUUCGGAGAGAGAGAAGUUCCGUUCCCUAGUCGAUCUGUGCUGCCUGCUGCCAAUGCUUUUGGCUAGCCCCCGCGGAGGAGCAGCCUUUUUGUGCGGAGUGCGCGAGUGAAUAAGGUUAAAGAGGAGAAGGCUCAGAAUUAUUGCCUCCACCGUACAUUUACCUCUGGUCGAACAAAACGGGGUGAACAGUCAGCAUCGGAGUCGGGAGUCGGCUAUCCAGUGGUGCUACCAUCGGACGCGAGUAGUACUUCGAUUCGGAACAACGUCGCAUCUUAAAGUAAAAUAUCGGAAUUCCGCGGUAAAGUGGGAUUUGCUUCGAGAAGUUCAGAAGUUCGCGAUUGCGCGCGCGUGUGUGUGUGUGUGUGUGAGUGAGUGUGCGUGUGUGUAGAAAGUGUUUUUGUUCCUGGGCCUCUUGCCCCGUUGGAUUCCGUCGCUGUUUUGGAGUUGGAUUUGUUGUACCACCAAGCCAAGCUCCGCCGGACUGGAAGCAAUAGUGUCACCCGAAAGUAGAUGAAGGAACCAUCCACACCGCUAGCUGAAAUUCGUUCGGAAGCCACCGGUGCCACCAAAUUCGAAGUCGAACUGGUGGAUACAGUUUCAUCAUCGCUAGGGAAGCGACACCAACGCAACGGAAAUCCACGUUGUCAGCAACAGGACAGCAGCCAAAGUCAAGAGCGAUCGGCGCGUGGCGCAACGUUUGCACCCUCCGACCGUAGCAGCACAAUCAGGGGUCAACGCCGCCGAAAAAGAUGUCUAGGAAUAAAGACAAAUAUGACAUCAAUAAUUCCCGGCGACACACCUACUACACGGUGGAGGAAGUUGCGGCCGGCAAGUCGAACAAUUGGCACGGCGUCGAGAUAACCGGCAGUGUGCGCAACCUCAGCCCGACGCUGUGGAAUUUCAAUCACUUGACGGAACUCUACCUUAACGAUAACUGUUUAAUGCGGCUGCCCCACCAGAUCGGUCACUUGCAGAACCUGCGGUCACUCGAUUUGUCCAGCAACAAGUUGCGCAGUUUGCCGGCCGAGCUGGGCGAGCUGAUUCAUCUGAGGGAACUCCUGCUGAACAACAACUUGUUGCGCGUGCUUCCGUACGAGCUGGGCAAGCUUUUUCAUCUGCAUGUGCUUGGUUUGCAUGGGAAUCCACUUGGGAAGGACGUGAUGUCGAUCUACAACGAGCCAAAUGGAACGCAGAAGCUGCUCACCUACAUGCUAGACAAUCUGACAGUGAGCAUAAUCCCACCUCCUGCCCGUCCCUGGAUUCCUUUAGCGAGGCCAAAUCGGUCCAGGGGUGCACUAAUAUUCACCGUAAUGUGCUAUAACGUACUCUGCGACAAGUACGCCACCCGACAAAUGUACGGCUACUGUCCCAGCUGGGCACUCACGUGGGAGUACCGGAAAAAGGCAAUUCUGGACGAGAUACGACACUUCGCGGCCGACAUCAUCAACCUGCAGGAGGUGGAAACGGAGCAGUACUUCAACUUCUUCAAGCCGGAGCUGAAGAACGACGGCUACGAGAGCAUCUUCUCGCCCAAGUCGCGUGCCAAGACGAUGGCGGAAUCGGACCGAAAAUACGUCGACGGGUGCGCCAUCUUCUAUCGGUCUUCAAAGUUUUCACUCAUCAAAGAACACCUGAUCGAGUUCAAUCAGCUUGCGAUGGCCAAUGCCGAGGGUUCGGAUAACAUGCUGAACCGUGUGAUGCCGAAGGACAACAUCGGUCUGGCGGCUCUGCUAAAGGUGAAGGAAAACGCCUGGGAGGGUGUUACACCGGAACAGGCCGCGAUAUCGCAGCCGCUGCUGGUGUGUACCGCUCACAUCCACUGGGAUCCCGAGUUUUGCGAUGUGAAGCUAAUCCAGACGAUGAUGCUGGGCAACGAGUUAAAGACGAUACUGGACGAGGCGAGUCACAGCUUCCGGCCGGGGCACAAGUUCGACAACGUACAGCUGCUGUUGUGCGGCGAUUUCAACUCGCUCCCGAACUCCGGUGUGAUAGAGUUUCUUAGUGCCGGACGUGUAUCAAUGGACCAUCCAGAUUUCAAAGAGCUGGGCUACAAAUCCUGCCUGCAGCGUAUAUCUAAUUGUGAUACACCAAAUGAAUUUACUCAUUCCUUUAAGCUAGCGUCUGCGUAUAGUGAAGAUAUAAUGCCAUAUACAAAUUAUACAUUCGAUUUUAAAGGUAUUAUUGAUUACAUAUUUUACUCGAAGCAAGGUAUAAUUCCGCUGGGGCUGCUCGGUCCGAUGUCGGCCGAUUGGAUGCGGGAAAACAAGGUGAUCGGCUGUCCCCAUCCGCAUAUACCUUCGGACCACUUCUCACUGCUGGUAGAGCUUGAGCUCAUUCAUAUGCCCAGUAGCCAGCACCCGAACGGUCUGAUUGGCCGCAGGUAGCAAUAAAACAUACGCCCAAUCACCACCACCAACAGCAAACACAGCAAAACUACAAAUCAACAACAACAACAACAAUAAUAGAAAUCAAUUCUCAGAGGCAACGGCCAGUCCUUUCGGGGGUAACCCUAUCCUGGAAGGAACCUUCAACCCAACCAAUUUAACAUUGACGACAAAGACGACUACAGCGACUACUAGCAACACCACCAGCAGCAGCAAAAGCAACAGUGGAAGGUCGAACAAUCAGCGCCAUUCACAGAAAUGCAAGUCUACUUCAACCAAGUAUACUAGAGGGAGCAGUGUAAAGAACUAUCGAACGCCAAACAGCCACCCUUAGGAUUUUUAGAGCAAUGUGGACUCCCAACUCCAUUAGUAAUGUUAGUAGUGAAUGUGAGCAAUGUAGCAAGAAAAUGCGGAAAAUGGAAGACAGAGAGAGGUUAGAAUCUCGAACAAUGACACUGAGAAAGCGAAACAGGAAAAAAACACAAGUACAAUCGAUGAAUGCGAGGGAUACAAUGCGAAAACGUCGGGAGGCGAUUGUUUAGGAAACCAAAAAGUGCAACCAACAAACUCUUUAGUAGGAGAAUUCGAACCGUUUAUUUCCAAUAUAUAGAAUUUUUUUUUGUAGACCGAUCGUCACUCAGUCUUGUGAUAUUUAUUUUACGUAGGAUUUUUACUUUAAAUUGUACACAUUAGACAGCUAAAGGAAAUCAUGAAACAAAGAAGCACCAUUCAUCGAUUACGUUUCAACAGAAAUCAAACUCAUUGCCAUAAACAACAACCAGAGCACGUGUAUCAGAUUAUUAGGGAAUGCAUGACCACCAACACCUCUCUCUCUAUGCGGCGAAACGCGGGAAGGUCUACCCUAGCUCAGCCAAUAGCUGCAAAAUUUAAGGGGUCUGAGAAAGGCGCGAGCAAACAGAGACAUUCGUCCGAUACAACACCAUUCUUUUAGUUGAGGUUUCCUUCACGUCUGGCAGAGAUACGCGACACACGCGAGCGCACCGUUAAGUUUUCCUUCUUUUUUUUGCUUACUGUUAGGCGGUCUGUGUUUUGCGGUUUACGAGGAGAACUUCACUCGGAAAACACACUAACCUUUAUAUUCUUAUACAUUUAUAGUUUUUCCUUCGUUUAAAGAAGCGUGUAGGCAAAGUUUAUCGAACACACUAGCUUGUAAGGUUGUAAUUGUAAUAUUAGGAAGAAAGAAAGAAAGAAAAGAAACAUUAAGUAUAAAGCACACAAAGCGAUAUUGCACACGAACAAAGUAACUACCAAAAAGAAAACGAAACGCGGAAACACAAUGCUGUCGCGCUUCUUAACAGAGCAAUUCAAAACGGAAUCGAUUCCAACAUUCGACCCUCUUCACGCAUAUGAUGGUGGCUAUCCAGGAUACCUUUUUUGACGUAGGACUACGUCUUUCAUUUCUAUACCUUUUUAAAUGAUGAUGGUUCCGCCUCUUUCCCUGCAAAGGUUUGAGCGGGACGAGUUAUCUUAUUGAUAAUAAUAAUAUUACGGUAUUUAUCUUUUUUUUUUUAACAACUAACCAGUAAGCAAACUAAAUUGAAAAGAAAACGGACUGGUUAUCUCGCAAACAUAGAUUACUAAUCGAAAGAACAAUUUAAGCCAUUAUAUGAACAUAUUUAUUGUAUGGCAUGUCGAGGGAAUUUCCAACCCGACAAGACCCUAGACCGAUCGAGAAUUGAAUCCAAUACCUAUGUCAGUAUAAGCCAAAAAUUUACAAGGGAAUUCCCGCUUUAUUAGAUCCCCGGCCAUGAUGCGAUCGUUUCCGAGUUCAAGCAGCUGAGCAAUCCCAAGCAUGUCAACAAAAUUUCCAAUCCGAAAAAAUCCAUCACCGAUCAGGAAUUGAACCCAUUACCUAUGUCAGCAUAAGCCUUGAAUUUACAAAGGAAUUCCCGCUCUAGAUACCCGACAACGACCAGCUAAUUCGGUCAUUUUCGAGACCAGACAGCUGAGCAAACAUAAGCCUAACUCCAGCCGAUACUUCAGGCACUACAUUCAACCUGGAAUUUAAACGUAUCAACCAAACUCUGCAAUGAGAUCCGACACAACACAGAAAAAUCUCGUUAUAAUUAUCUAUUGAGAAGGUUAAUUUACGAGUAUUCUGGUUGAGCUAUCCCUAGCUUCAUUCUGGUUUCCACAUUAAGCCCAUUGGAAUGUUUUUUUUUUAUUUCAUUCGAGAGAAAUUGCUUUUACUUAUGUUGAAUCUCAUGCUUCUCUAUGUCUGCCAACGCGCGCGGACUCAAACUAUUGUUUAAAGUUAAACUUGGGUCUACGACUAAAGGAAACGAAUAUAUUACAAAACUAAACAAACAAUUAACAUACCAUCAUCCUCACUAUACUGGGAUGAACAACAAGAUUUUCAGUGUUAAUUCCACCUAACCAACCGAACGAAACAGUAUGAUAACCACUUCAUUCGAAAGAUAAAAUGUUUACGCGUUAUACGCUUGUUAAUUGUUGAACCAAAAACUUGUUUCAAUAGUUUAGAAUUUGCGUUGAAAACAGGCUAUUGCAAUCACGCAAAUCUGUUUAUAAGCUGGCGCCCCACUAUACAAGCAAGCGGACAAAAAUAUUUUCAUCAUUUUUUUCAGAACUUCUGGUUUCAUAUUCAUCAGGGAGGCCACGAAAAUGGUCAUGUGAAAUUUAAAAUAACCCAAAAUGUAGUCCUAAUGUUUUGUAUAUGGUAUAUUGUAUUCUUGUUUGGCACCCUAAGCCAUACGUUUUACCUUGUAUUAAAAAAAAAGACUCAGAGAGUCGAUUUUUGAUAAACAAAAAAUCAAGAUGACAUUGGACCACCCUUGGGUAGGCUGACCAAAUAGUUCAGGAUUGAAAACGGGACACGCCAAAAAAAAUAACAAAAGGACAACUGCUACUUAAUUCGUUCCGUUUUUUGCAUGAAAAACACAUUUAUUUGAGAAAUAGAAUGAAUUAAUACAUCAUUCAAAGUGUUGCCCAUCACUAGCCACUACUUUUUACCAUCGCGAAAGAAGCGUUCAUCUUUUGAAGCCAAGAAUGAAUCCAAUACCAUACAAUACUAGUUUUGGUUCUGGAGUAAAGCGUAUUUCACCAAAAGCGUUCUGUAUCAAUCGAAACGAAUGGGAAUCAAAAGAGGCAUGCUCUGAGCUAUAAAGCGGGGGAAUUAGUAUUUUCCAUUCUCUAUUUUCCAAAUAGCUAGAAUAAAUGAAUAGAUGGAAUAUUAUCGACUCUUGUCUGGUCACUUUUUGUCUUUAACAUUAAAAUCAUCACUUUCAAAUCGACCAAACAGCUCCCUACAAAAUCUAUCCGAUGGUGCAGAGUCAUCAUAAACGUCCACAAGCAUUCGUCGUGCUUCAGCUCCACCUUUCGUGCAAUGGAAACAGAAAAUCAAAACAUGUCGCAAAUGGGGCCUAUUUGCCACGAAACUUGACAUUUUCAACGCAGUUAAUAUUGAACUUGUUGUGCAGAACGCAAAAACUUGUAAAGAAUAUUAGAACGAAUUAGGUUGAAUACCUUACACAUUUUGAAAAAAAAAUAUUGAGUGAAUUGAAACCUAGAAAAAAACAAAACACUCUUAGUAUAUUCUAAUUUGUUCUCUACAGUUAUGUUUUGUUCAUGUUUUCUUCCUAAGUGCACGUUCAUAGGUCCAAUCGUAGAACUGUUCAUUGAUUGAUCUUCUAAUCGACCCUUUGAAAUUACCUUUUACUAUAAAAUUCCUAGUACCUCUACCAAAACCAGUGAUGGCAUUUUCACUGAAGUGAUACACUCGUGCGCGAGUUUCAUGCCCAAACUGAGGAUACAGUCAUCACUCACCAAAGAGAAACCAUGCGUUUUUCCCUUCCACCGGGGAUUAUAUGAAGACCCAGUAAGCGCUAGUUGGGAGAAAUCUUGGUACGAGUGAGUGACACUCUCUUACACUAUCUUUACUCUUGGGAGUUCGUGUAUGCGGAACCCUGUGUCCACCACUGAAGCUCACUGAUCCGCACUCUGCCACACCGAGGAGUGCACUGAAAAGUAAACUGAAGACUGCAAUCUCAUUUGACAUAUAAUGUACACAUAUGUUUCCCCUCGGUUCACUCAUCAGAGUGUACUCUCCAGUGAAUUUACUUGUUAUACUGUAGAUAGUUUGUGCGCUCUCUUGCCACAUUCUAGCGCGACCGAGUGUUGAAUGAAAAAAACUGCUCUUCCAUCCUCUUACGCUCGCACAUAUCUAGAACUUUGGUGAUUAUAGAACAUAGAGAAGCGCUCUCGUUGAGGAUGACGGAGAAGGUGUGAGAAUUCAAGUUUCUCCUCGCUACACAGAGGACAUGGACAUCACUGACUAAAACUCGCCAUUAUAAUAUCAAAUUAUUUUCAGACACAAUUCUAGUUCAAGAUUUUUCAACCACUUGCAAAUAACAUGUUCCUCCGUUACAUGGAAUGAACGUUUGACACAGAAAAUAUGAUAGAAUAAAGACAGCCAUAAAUCGGACGAAGGAAUUGUCCGAUUUAUGGCUGUCUUGGCUGUCUCGAGUUUUGCUCUUAUCAACACAUUCGGCGAUCCAUUUUUAUUUAUAUAAAUAGAAGAUAUAGGAGUGCGUUCUAUCACAUAAAAAUCGAUUUCCACUUUCGAACAAAGAUCAAUUUCGUUAGCGCAAACAUCAAGUUGACUAACAACGCUUGUCACCAUGUAAUUGUAGAACAUAUGGGAACUGAUAUUUCCGAUUUUUCCGAUUUUCCUUCAGAGUUUUCCGAAAAUUUUCAAUUGUCAUGUGAGGUUGAAAUAUGUGUAAUAUUUUUAUGGCGCCCCCUCUCCAUUCCAGAGGAGGGAGGGGUGUCAUACCAUCAUAGAAACAUUUCUCGUACCCAAAAACCGUGAAAUCUCAAAUUUGGCUCCAUUUGCUUGAUGAGUUCUCGAGUUAUGCAACUCCCCUCCUCCUUUAGAGAGGGGAAGGAGUGUCGAACCACCAUAGAAACAUUUAUUGCACCCUAAAUCCUCCAUAUACCAAAUUUUGUUCUAUUUGCUUGAUUAGUUCUUGAAUUAUGCAGAAAUUUCUGUUUCAUUUCUAUGGCAGCCCCCCUUAGAGAGGGGAAAGUAGCGUCGAACCACCAUAGAAACGUUUUUCGAUCUCUAAAACCUCUAUAUGCCAAGUUAGAUUACAUUUGCUUGAUUAGUUCUCGAGCUAUUCACCCCCAUCUCCCUUUAGAAAGGGGGGAGUAGUAUCAAACCACCAUAGAAACCUUUAGAGGUUAGGGGGGAGGAAUAUCAAACUAAGGAGGCUAAAGGGGGGAGGAGUAUCAAACCACCAUAGAAACAAUAAUUGCCCCCUGAAACCUGCACAUACCAAACUUGGCUCCAUAUUCUUGAUUAGUUCUCGAGUUAUGCAGAAAUUUGUGUUUCAUUCGUAUACUUUUUCGUAUUCGUAUGAGACGCCUAAACAUACAAACGUGGAGGCGAUAUACGUACAUCCCAGCAAAAAUCAAAUCGUAUAACUGUCGUGUAUGUAACAUCCCAUAUUUUUUCCAUUAUUUGGUAUAUAAUGCGCCUGCAUAUACAUGUGAAAUUGGCGACGAUUUACAUCAAUGGCGAAUCAGUUUGGAUGAAUAUACGAGUUAUGAAUGCACCUAAUACGACUAUUGUCAUUCGAUUAUAAUAUUACAGUAGUAAACAUACAUACUGUAAUACUGUAAUACAUACAUACUGCAUACAUACAAAUAGGCAUAAAAAAACCAAAAUCACAAAUCGCUAUUUUUAUAUGUGAGAACAUUUAUGUCUGUAUGAAUAGAAAUCUUUCUUUUUUUACGCGGUUUUUGGGAUUUACGCGGUUUAUUUUUACGUAGAUUUCGAAAUUUACGCGGAUUUCGGAAUUUACGCGCUUUUUUUACUUGGCACGUAUCAACCGCGUAAAAAUUCAAUAUGCUAAUUAAUGUGAAUUUUCACCAAAUAAGUUUGUAUUGUAUCACUGAUUAGUAGCUGAGAAAUAAAAGGAAAUACAGAUAUCAUGAUUGUAGCAUGCAAAACAAAUCAGUAAAUCAAUUGUUAGAAUAUGGGAUGCAUUUUAAAAUAAAAUUCGCUGUUUGUUAGAUUGUUACACGGAUAUGGAAAACUACACGGUUUAUUUUUACGCGGAUUUUGGAAUUUAGGCGGAUUUUGGGAUUUACGCAGAUUUAGGAAUUUACGCGGAACAUAUCCCCCGCGUAAAAAGCGACUCCAGUGUAUUUAAUUGGCUUUUAAUAGUAGUGGAAUAUAAAUGAUUAAAAUGAGUGGUGAUGAUGGUUAAACAAAUUGCUCCAGUCUUAAGGGAAAGGAAGUUCUCCCAACCAUACGAACCAAACAUUUAAUUUAGUUUAUUUGAAAUGAUAACCCAGGAAAUUUAUAGGAAAGAUUGAGAUUUUUUUACAAAACUAUCGUGUGCUUUUAAUUUGGAUACUAAAUUAAAUAUCUCACAACAAUUCAAUUGUUUACAAAAUGAAGACAUAUUAUCAUAUAUGCUAUCCUUGUUCUGGGCUGUUCACAUGUAGAAUAAACUGGAUUGUAAUAUUAUUGAAACGUGAAAAAACGGGCGAUCAGUACGCCAUAACACGCGAUGAACUCCAAUUAAUCGCCUCGCAUCGCACCGCUUCGCGUUUAAUAUGUCCUCGGCCUUAUGUUUAACUUCUCUCUUUCAUGCUCCAGGUAAACGCAUUACUAACGUACAUUAUCUUUAUCUUGUAUAACAUUCUCGAGUCAAAUCGCAGUGUAGCAAGCAUCGUAAUAUCGUUAUAU